CUUCUUCCUACAUACAGGCACAAUUCACUUCUCUAUUCCUUGAAACGGUUGCAACACACAGGAAAAGACACUGACUCAAUACGUUCAUGUAAGCUCCUGCUCUCACACACAAACACACACACAUUGAGCAUACACAUCUCCAAGUCUCUAAAAGAGAGAUGAAGAUUGUUGGCCUUCCGGAGAUAAGAACAGGUAAAAGUGUGAGAACCUUGCCUAAAGCAUGAGAAUGGGAACGAAGUACACUGAGCUGUUCAUACCAGAUAUAAAACGUCAGGACAAGUGAACUCAUGGAGAACAUCUACUAAGAUAGUCUUCAUUUCGUGGCAGUGUGAAAAUUCCAAAAAAUAUGGAUUAUACAUCACAGCUCUCAAGUCUUCUCAAGUCUUAGCUUUCUAAACAGCACUACAGAAUCCACAACAGAGGAUCAUCAUCAAAAUACAGAAAUUGAAAGAGAUAAGUAACAAAUAUGGGAAGUCCUGGCAUUAAAAAGACCUUAUUUUCUUUGCUCUAUGCCCUGAUGUUCAUUCAACAUACUAAAGGUUCAGCCUUGCUGGAUUCCCUGAAUUGUGUUAAUGACUACACAUCUCAAUGGAGAUGUCAGUGGAAGGAAAGCAGAGCCUCACGAGCAAUUAUCCCAAUGAACCUCUACUACUGGAGAAACAACAACAGUGAUAUGAAGGAGCUCUGUAUUAUCUCUGAGACCAAACAAGAUGAUGGCCCCAACCUGAGCCAAAACUGCCAUAUAAAUUCUACAUUUUCUUUCCGUAUGAAGGACAGCUACAGUUUUCUUCCAGAAAGAAUCAUACAGAAGGAAGCCACCAUUAUACCGGCCUAUAGGGUGAGAACUUCACCCCCGGAAGGACUAAGACUCCAAAUGAUUAACAAUGGGUCGAUCAUUCUGAGUUGGAAGAGUCCUCUUUACUUGGAUCCAAGACUAUCUCUGCUCUACCAGAUAUCAUAUUAUAGGCAUGGUUGGGAGAAAUGGGAGGAUGCUAUUUUACUUAAUGUUGUGGAUGAGUUGGAAACCAGUCUCAGCCUCUCGGAUCUAAUACCUGGAAACACCUAUCUCUUCCGUAUACGUGCCCGACCCAAAGAAGGACAACACUACAAGGGAUCUUGGAGCAAGUGGAGCAAAGAACUUGCCUGGGACGUGCCUGAAGACGAUAAGGCAACACCUCGAAAUCUGCAGUGUGAAUACGAUGGUAUCAAUACGAUGAUCUGUAGCUGGGAGGUGAGAAGAGAGGUCAAUUUAUCAUUCUCCUACGUGUUGUAUUACACUGAAUAUUCUGAUCAGACAUCUGGUGCCACCAACAUGACAUCUGCUACUGAGGAGAAGGAAUGCCUUAAUCUAAACAGCUCUUCUGUCGCUGAGGCUCCAUAUGUACGUUAUAAUUGUGCUUUUAAUAUACCACGGAACCAGGCUAAUAAUGCCUUCAACCUCCAAAUCAGACCACAGGAGCAGAAGAAGACGUUCAACCAUUCUCAGACUAUUCAGACUCAACCUCCGACGAAUCUCAGAGCAGAGGAGCAGAUAGAUAAUGGCUACAUGGUGCGAUGGGAUCCUCCAGUUCUUUUUUACAAAAAUGUUGAUUUGUCAUACCAGCUGUGUUACUGGAAGCAGGGAGAUCCAGAAUGUCCUGCUGAACUAUUGGUCAAUGUCUCUGGUAAAUUCCCAGAGUACCACAUCUUGAGUUCAGAUCUUCAAGGCAGUACUGUGUACCUAGCCAGAGUCCGCACAAGGACUGACAUCAGCCAACCCUACAGAGGUCAUUGGAGUAAUUGGAGCAGGGAGACUUCUUGGAAGACAAAGAAAACUGUCGAUAACACGAUUCUUUAUAUAGUUGCAAUAGUUUGUGUAAUAGUGCUGAUAACCUGUGUCUUCGUGGGAUAUAAAUACAUCAAGAGAUUCUUGAAGCAUUGGGAAGAAUCCUUUCCAAAUCCCAGCAAGAGCAAACUUCUCAGCAUGUACCCUCUGCGAUGUGUGAAUCCGAAUGAAUCCAUAUUCAUAACAAAUUAUAAUGCAGAGGAUGAGGAGCCCUCCAUGUUUCUUCAUGAAAGGCAUGUUAAUCUAUUACAGAUUGAAAAAGUAAAUGAAGUAUUGGAACCCGUUGAAGAAAAUCCACCAGUGCCAAAUGACUGCCCUCUUGGACCUUAUGCAUUAAUCCCAACAACAGAAAUGUGUAAUCACUCAAAGGAGAUACCAUCUGGACCCACUGGGCCAAACAUUGAUAACAAUGAACGACUUCCCAGUUCCGCAAUACAGCAAUCCAAGAGUGACUAUAGUGAAUCUAGCUUUAUGUUUGCUCAUGCCCAUGCUAUGUUUAAUAUGGGAGGUAGUAAGAUAAAGAACAUGGAGUAUUUUUUACCUGAGCAGGUUACUCCAUUAAGAAAGUCCACCCAACCCAAAGAGCAAAGGGACUAUGUGUUAGGUAUGGGAGCACAGGCAACUCCUCGAAUGCCACCACCACAGAGUGGGAUGGCGUGUGGUGUUAAGUGUAAAAGUUAUUCAUCUUUACCAAUACCUUCUGAAGUCCAGUUUCCCACAGAAGGACCCUUCAUGGUGAUAAACCCUGAUGGAACAGGGCCUGUCAUGCUAAGGCAGGUAGGAGAUUAUUGUUUCUUCCCAGGGCUACGCGGAAGCCAAGACAAAUUAGAAAUGAAGACGGCACCAUCCACAAAGCAGACAGAGCAGCAUGUCCUGCCAGACCCUGGCCUAACAGCUGUUCAGGCAUUCAAGGUUAUGCACAGUGGUUAUUUUGCCCUACCUCAAACCUAAAAGUUUUAAUUUGCCCCACCAGUGAGGUGCUACAGUCAGACAAAGUUGUACCUGUUUUAGUAAGAGGCCACAUAGUUAUCGUUUUCACAUCUAGAUUGUGCUUUCUGCCUGUAAAUGUUAUUUACAUUGAUAUGCAUGAAGGCUGUUUAAUUUACACUGAUGACCCUUUUCAUCUUUUUAUACACAUUAAUGAAUGACAUUAAACUACUAGAAACUUGAAACUUA